GUCGGAGCGGCGCGGGCGGGACGGUGGCGGGCGCUGCCCGGAGCCGGCGGAGGCGCGGCCCCCCCGGAGCGUUCUGUGGGGUCUGUGCGCAGUGUUGGAAGUUUAUAUGGAUCAGUGAUACUUGCUCAAGAGUGACAGUGGAGAUCAACACUAAGUCUGCUCCUCUGGCCUUUGCGGUGACAGUGUGUCAGUAACAUGUUGCCUGGGGAAUGUGAGGCAUUUCCUUGCUUGCAUGAGAAGUCUUGGAGUGAGGAAUGAAUAUCUCAAUUGUUUUUCUAAUAAGAGGACCCAAACAAAAGAUUAAAUUGCAGACUUGAGAGUUUGGACCCAGCUCACGCACCCGGUGUUUUCUUGCUCCUUAUGGUGUAGCUGGUGAUUGUUCCUGAGAAGAGAAAAGAUGAUGAGUGAUGCAAGUGACAUGCUGGCUGCGGCUCUGGAGCAGAUGGAUGGCAUCAUAGCAGGUUCCAAGGCUCUGGAAUAUUCCAACGGCAUCUUUGACUGCCAGUCCCCCACCUCCCCCUUUAUGGGGGGUCUGCGGGCACUGCACCUGGUGGAGGAUUUGCGGGGAUUGCUGGAGAUGAUGGAAGCGGAUGAGAGAGAAGGACUGCGCUGCCAGAUCCCAGACUCCACGGCGGAGGCUCUGAUCGAGUGGCUCCAAAGUCAGAUGACUAAUGGACACAUAUCUGGGAAUGGAGAUGUUUAUCAAGAAAGGCUGGCUCGUCUGGAAAAUGAUAAGGAAUCUCUUGUUCUGCAAGUAAGUGUGCUCACAGACCAGGUGGAGGCCCAAGGAGAAAAGAUUCGGGAUCUGGAGUUCUGCCUGGAGGAGCACAGGGAGAAGCUGAAUGCCACAGAGGAGAUGCUGCAACAGGAGCUUUUAAGCAGAACGACCCUUGAAACUCAGAAGCUGGAUCUUAUGGCAGAGAUUUCCACUCUGAAAUUAAAGCUUACAUCUGUAGAGAAGGAUAGAUUGGACUAUGAGGACAGAUUCAGAGACACAGAGGAUUUGAUCCAGGAAAUAAAUGAACUGCGGUUGAGAGUGGGAGAAAUGGACAAUGAAAGACUCCAGUAUGAGAAAAAACUGAAAACAACCAAAUCUUUAAUGGCCAAACUUUCUAGUAUGAAAAUCAAAGUGGGUCAGAUGCAGUAUGAAAAGCAGCGGAUGGAGCAAAAAAGCCAGAUGUUAAAGGAUGAACUCUCAGCUUUGAAAGACAAACUGGAGCAGAAGGAAGCCGAGGUAAAAAGGUUGCACGAAAAAUUGGUUUGCAAGCUCAAAGGAGAAGGAAUUGAAAUCCUGGACAGAGAUGAAAAUUGUAAAAAGAAGCUCAAAGAUAAAAAUAUAGAGGUACAGAAAAUGAAGAAGGCGGUAGAAUCUCUAAUGGCAGCAAAUGAAGAGAAGGAUCGGAAGAUCGAAGAGCUCCGGCAAUCUCUGAACAGGUACAAGAAAGUUCAGGACAUGGUGAUACUGGCUCAAGGUAAAAAAGGCAAGGAAAGUGACGGUGAAGACUUGAAUUCAGGGUCUGUUUCCACGGUUUUACUGGACACACCAAGUCUGACUGACCCAGAGAAAAGCCCAUCCCCAACCCCAGUGACAGCAUCUCCAAUCCACGAUGAGUUUAAUGUGAAUAUUCAUGAAGAGAACUCCUUACAGAUCCACACCAGUAUUUUACAGAUUUCAAUCCCUUCUUUUUCAUCAACAUCCAAGAGCUCAGAAGCUGAUGCAGAGAGAGUGAAAACACAGCCUAGGCCAGAUCCUGCAAGUGAAAUGAGUGAAGGAAGAUCAGCAGGUUCCUCCCCAGAAACUCAUCUGUGUGAUAGUCCAGUAACUUCCUCGCUGCAGAAGUCCAGCAGUCUGAGCAGUUUGAGGAAAGAGCCAUCCGAAGUGGACAGAGACCCCGCCCAGAAGCCAACAGAGCAGGUUAAACCUCCUGUGGAAGGUCAUAGUUUUGCAACCCUGCCCCCGAAGUCUCCCUCUCAUGGUGGCACGGCAGACGAGGACAGUUUUGGUACCCGCAAGGCCAGAUCCUCCUUCGGCCGAGGCUUUUUCAAGAUAAAGAACAACAAGAGGACUGCAAGUGCCCCCAAUCUGGAUCGCAGUCGAAGUGCAAGUGCACCUACCUUAGCUGAGACGGAGAAGGGAUCUGCAGAUCACUUGGAUCUGGCUGGCUUGCCCCCCCACCCAAAGGAAGCAGAUGGUCUACAGAUGACACCACCUUCUCCAGAUUCCAGGAAAAAGGCCAGGGGGAUCAAAAAGUUAUUUGGAAAGCUUAGGAGAAGUCAGUCUACUACCUUCAACCCAGACGACAUGUCCGAGACUGAGUUCAAACGAGGAGGGACGAGAGCGACGGCGGGGCCACGGCUGGGCUGGUCUCGAGACCUGGGGCAGUCCCACAAUGAGCUGGACAUGCCGUUCGCAAAGUGGACAAAAGAGCAGGUUUGCAACUGGCUCCAGGACCAAGGGCUUGGCUCCUACAUAAAUAAUGGCAGGCAGUGGAUACUGUCUGGGCAAACACUCCUGCAAGCUUCUCAGCAGGAUCUGGAAAAGGAGCUUGGGAUAAAGCACCCAUUGCAUCGGAAGAAGCUCCAGCUUGCUCUGCAGGCACUGGGAUCUGAAGAGGAAAACAACCAUGGCAAACUGGAUUACCACUGGGUUACCAGGUGGCUUGAUGACAUUGGCCUCCCCCAGUACAAGACCCAGUUUGAUGAAGGGAAGAUGGACGGCCGAAUGCUCCAUUACAUGAGUGUGGAUGACCUGCUGUCCUUGAAGGUUGUCAGUGUCCUCCACCACCUCAGCAUCAAAAGAGCCAUCCAGGUGUUGAGAAUAAACAACUUUGAGCCCAACUGCCUGCGCAGGAGGCCAUCGGAUGAGAGCAAUGUCACCCCUUCCGAGGUCACCCAGUGGACCAACCACCGUGUGAUGGAGUGGUUGCGCUCCGUGGAUCUGGCAGAGUACGCACCCAACCUGCGGGGCAGUGGUGUGCACGGAGGACUCAUGGUUUUGGAGCCUCGUUUCAAUGUAGAAACCAUGGCACAGCUGCUGAACAUCCCCCCUAACAAGACGCUGCUGAGGCGGCACUUGGCGACUCAUUUCAACCUCCUCAUCGGGCAGGAGGCCCAGCAGCAGAAACGAGAGGCCAUGGAGUCCCCAGACUAUGUCCUCUUGACAGCAACUGCCAAAGUAAAGCCAAAGAAACUUACCUUCAGCAAUUUUGGGAGCCUGAGAAAGAAGAAGCAAGAUGAUGGGGAAGAGUAUGUGUGUCCCAUGGAGCUGGGGCAGGCAUCUGGGAGUGGAUCGAAGAAGGGCUUUAAGCCUGGCUUGGAUAUCCGAGUAUAUGAUGAUGAUGAUUUGGACAGGCUGGAGCAGAUGGAAGAUUCAGAAGGGACGGUGAGGCAAAUAGGAGCGUUUUCUGAAGGCAUCAACAACUUGACACACAUGUUGAAAGAAGAUGAAAUGUUUAAAGACUUUGCGACCCGCUCUCCCAGCACCAGUGUAACAGAUGAGGACUCCAAUGUUUGAUGGUAACCACCAGGCACCGGCAAAGGUUCGCUUUCCUGUAUGCAGGAGCAUCAUCAUUUGAUGUGAUGGGCAGCAGAUAAUAUACAUUACAAUUGCUCUUGCUUCUGUUUGUUCGAAGGAACAUUGUGGGGUGGAGAAUUUUAAAGAGAAAAGGAGAUUUUAAAAAAAAAAAGGUGCCUACUCUAAAGUUGCCAUAAAAGCCACCCAGACACUGGUGAAUGGUAAUCAUUUUAACUCUAUUUAAUGUACAAACUGGUGAUAUGUUUCAGAGUGUUGCAUUUAAAUUUAUGUGGUAUGAUAGUGCUCUUUUUUGCUUAUUCAUGGUCUCAGAUAAUCCUUUAUACUGUUUGAAAGUAACAGAAGGUGUUAGGUAAAAUACUGAGUCUGUAGAUAUCGUGCAUCAGCUUUCUCUAGGCUCUCAGCUGAAAAAUAGAAGUUACUGCUCCUUUUCAAGUGCUUUUGUUUGGCACAGAUACCGGUUCUGCCCUUCCUACAGUAUCCAGUGUAGGAUUUUAGUCAUCUGUGCCCUGCAUAAGCUGCCCAGUAGCUCUUGACUGUUGCUCCUAUUUUUAUACUGUUUUAUAAAAAAAAAGAAAAAGAAAAAAGAAGUAUAUGAAGUACAUAUAAAAGCAAAAAUUUAAAUUUUGUUGUGAGAUAGAGUGAUGGAAAGUUGAAGGUGUGUGGGGAAAGGGGAGAAGGUUGUAAAAAAAUUAUGCCAGUUUGCAGACCAGCUGGUUACUGGAAAAGGCAGGCUGACCUUUGGAACUGUUUGCUUUCGUUGCUUUUUACUAAGUGCACAGUCUAAUGAUCUUCCAUUUGGGAUGAAACAAUUCUAAAGCACAUUUUUCUAGCAGUGACCUGUAUGAAAACUGCACAUUUUAAAAUGUCUUCUCUCUUGGUCCCAGCAGCAGUAGUUAGAACAUUCAACAAGGUUGUUAACACUUCUGUGACUUAAAAAAUUCCAGUGAAGUUGAGACUACUCCCUGCAUAUGGAAGGGAUGUUUCUGUGCUAUAACUAACGUGAAGAUGGUGUAGUUGCAAAAAAACAAAAUAAUAAAGUUAUAUAGAGAAAUGUAUAGGAAAUAUAUUAUUUCAUAUUAUUAAACCUAAGGUGGAACUUUUCCUCCAAAAUUCAAAUAUCAAACAUGUUCCUCAUCAUUAAAGAACAGCUCCGCUGCUUUUGAGGAUAAUCAGGUUUUAAAGUUCCGAACUAGCCAGUGGAAAUCUCAUGUCAGACUUUGGGUAUUGUGAGCAAACAAAAAGAAAACCCAAGUAACUUUUUAUUACAGUGGUUGUUUGUAUGGUGUUGAACGUUGCAUGUGUUGUGGCACGAUGGCAUGAAGCUGCUUUGCUUUGUAAAGGGGAAAAAAAAAAAAAGUCCAAAAAAAAGUCCAGCUGGAAAUGUUCCUUGCAGUGGUGUGUUGCUUUUCCAAGCGUUUGUCACUCGUUUUGUUGCUCUCUGUGCUGGAAGUGAGACUGUUCCUGGUGUGGAGCAAGGAAUAUUAGGUUUGUGCUGUUCAUAAAACAAAGCUGGGAAAGGAAGAAAGGUUCUUUCUGGGGCUUCCAGGGAACUCCCACCAGAUGCUGGGGUAGAUCAGAGACAUAUUCUGGCAUUAUAUUCUUGUGACCUGAUGACCUGGAUCUUUGAAGGAUGUGCAGGGGAGGUGAUUAUUGAUGUUCCAGGAUGAAAAAUUUUGAUUAUUGAUGUAUCAAGAUGAAAAAUCUGAUGUGGACAGGUUGCAUCGUACAUAAUGUACACUGCCAUUUUCGGUAACUGGAGCCAGGCAAACAAUCCAUAAAGUCUCCAUAAAAUACUUUUUGCUGCUUACCCUUUAUCCACAAACAGAUCACAACUGAUGCUUUAGUCAACAUUCCUGACUGAUUCCUGUGCACGAAUAAUUUGCUGUUAUUUCUUCCUCUGCAGUCUUGGGGGUGUUUGAACUGUUUUGUUUGGGCAGAAAUACCACACUGUGUAACAUGCAGAUGGUUGGGAUGUGGAUUCAGGCCUCACUUCCUGUGAAUGCUCUGCAAAAUUGUUAUUAUUUACAUGGAAGUUGAGCAUAAAACCCUGUGGAAGCACUGGGAGAAUGUGGCACAGGCUUCCAGGCAAAAUGCCUCCAAAUUGCUGGCUGGUGAACAGGACUGGAUAUCCAUAGGGGGGAAAAAAGGGGCCUAGUGACACAAUACUGUGUGUGGAACUAGGCACAAAUAUACUCUCCAAUGUCUCUUCAGUCCAGUGUUAUCAGUGACCGCAGGGAUGGUUUAUUUAAGUCCAGUGUAAGCAGAAUUCUGCUCCAAACAACCCUUUCCUGCACUUGCCAGCUGUCAGCCAGGUCAUCCCCUUGGAGCUGCCUAUCAUCUGAACCUCGGUUGUUUUAUGGGGUGGGAAUAUGAGAGCAAGUGAUAAAGUCAGGAAGUUUUCGUGUGUGCGCCCUUGAUACCGUCAGGGUGUUUUCAUUUGUGUUUGAAAAGGGCAACAUAAGUGCUGUGUAUUGCCAUGUGAAAUCCAAUAAAAUCUGUGGAAAAUGCCAA